GUCUGUGCUUGACAAGGAGAGGGGCCGGCACCCACACCAUGGCCCGGGACCCCUUGGCUCGGCUCUUGCUGGCCUGGACAGCCCUGUCGUGCGUGGCGGGUGUCCAAGGCCGUUGGGAUGGGGCUGUGGAGCCUGCAGGUCUCGGACGUGUGCGCAGGCGUGGCAGCCCAGGCUUCUUGCAGGGGCCGAAUGUGUGUGGCUCCCGAUUUCAUGCCUACUGCUGCCCCGGCUGGAGGACGCUGCCCGGUGGGAACCAGUGUGUUGUGCCGGUCUGUAGGCACGCCUGCGGCGAGGGCUUCUGCUCCCGACCCAACCUGUGCGCCUGUGCUGAUGGGAAGCUGGCCCCCAGCUGCGGGGUGAGCCGAGGGUCGGGGUGCAGUGUGAGCUGCAUGAAUGGGGGCAGCUGCCGAGGGGAGUCCUGCCUGUGCCAGAGGGGCUACACGGGCACCGUGUGUGGGCAACCCGUCUGUGACCACGGCUGCCACAACGGGGGCCGCUGCAUCGGGCCGAACCGCUGUGCCUGUGUGUACGGCUUCAUGGGGCCUCAGUGUGAGAAAGACUACCGGACAGGACCCUGCUUUGGUCGAGUGGGCCUGGAGGGGUGCCAGCACCAGCUGACAGGCCUCGUCUGCACCAAGGCGCUCUGCUGUGCCACUGUGGGCCGGGCCUGGGGCUUCCCAUGUGAGCUCUGCUCUGCUCAGCCACACCCCUGCCGCCGGGGCUUCAUCCCCAAUAUACACACGGGGGCCUGCCAAGACGUGGAUGAGUGCCAGGCUAUCCCAGGCCUGUGCCAGGGGGGAAGCUGUGUCAACUCUGUGGGUUCCUUUGAGUGCCGCUGCCCAGCUGGACACCAGCUCAGUGAGAGCAGCGCCAAGUGUGAAGACGUGGACGAGUGUAUCAGUGUGCCAGGCCUCUGCUCCGGGGGCGACUGCACCAACACGGUCGGGAGCUACGUGUGCACCUGUCCCCGUGGUUAUGCCAGCAGCCUGGACGGUACCCGUUGCCUGGACCACCGUGCCGGCACCUGCUUCUCGGCGCUGAUCGUGGGCCGCUGUGCCGGAGACCUCGCUGGCCACUAUACCCAUAGGCAGUGCUGCUGUGAUACGGGCAGGUGCUGGGCAGUUGGCCCGGCCCCUGAGCUGUGUCCGCCGCGGGGCUCUGAUGAGUUCCAGCGACUGUGUGCCCUGGGGUUCCCGCUGCUGCCCUCCUACCCAGGCCCCUUCCCCGGCCUCCCUGGCUUCGGAUCCAGUGGGCGUGGGGUUCCCAGCCUGGGCCUUGGUGACACCAAUAUUGGCACAGCCACGCUGAACCAGACCAUUGACAUCUGCCGACACUUCACCAACCUGUGUCUCAAUGGCCGCUGCCUGCCCACCUCUUCCAGCUACCGCUGCGAGUGUAACGUGGGCUACACCCAGGACGUUCGGGGCGAGUGCAUCGAUGUGGAUGAGUGUGCCGGCAGCCCCUGCCACCACGGAGACUGCGUCAACACCCCUGGCUCCUACCACUGCCGGUGCUGGGAGGGCUUUCAGGCGACGCUCACCAAGCAGGAGUGCGUGGACAUGGACGAGUGCAUCGCCAGCAGUGGCCUCUGCCACCACGGCCGCUGCGUCAACACAGCAGGCAGCUUCCAGUGUGUCUGCAAUGCAGGCUUCGAGCUCGGCCCCAAUGGCAAGAACUGUGUGGACCACAACGAGUGUGCCACCACCACCAUGUGUGCCAACGGAGUGUGCCUGAACGAGGACGGCAGCUUCUCAUGCCUCUGCAAACCCGGCUUCCUGCUGGCGCCCGGUGGCCGCCACUGCGUGGACAUCGACGAGUGCCAGACACCAGGCAUCUGUAUGAACGGCCACUGUACCAACACCGAGGGCUCCUUCCGCUGCCACUGCCUGGGGGGGCUCGCGGUGGGCGCGGAUGGCCGCGUGUGCGUGGACACCCACGUGCGUAGCACGUGCUACGGGACCCUCAACAAGGGCUCUUGUGCCCGCCCCUUCCCCGGUGCCGUCACCAAAUCCGAGUGCUGCUGUGCAAGCCCCGACCACGGGUUUGGGGAGCCCUGCCAGCUGUGUCCUGCCAAGAACUCCGCCGAGUUCCAGGCCCUGUGUAGCAGCGGUCUUGGCAUCACCACGGAUGGCAGAGACAUCAACGAGUGUGCCCUCGACCCUGAUGUCUGUGCCAACGGUAUGUGUGAGAACCUGCGGGGCAGCUACCGCUGCAUCUGCAACCUGGGCUACGAGGCAGCUGCAGCCGGCAAGGAGUGCACGGAUGUGGAUGAGUGCGCACUCAACAGCCUCCUGUGUGACAACGGGCGGUGCCGGAACAGCCCUGGCAGCUACAGCUGCUCCUGCCCCCAGGGCUUCAGCUUCUGGCAAGACACGGAGACCUGCGAAGACAUCGACGAGUGCCUGUCCAAUCCGUGUGUGAACGGCGUGUGCCGCAACCUGGCCGGCUCCUACGCCUGCGAGUGCGCCCCCGGCAGCCGCCUGGGACCCUCCGGCACCGUGUGCUUAGACAGCACCAAAGGCACCUGCUGGCUAAAGGUCCAGGAUGGCCGCUGCGAGGCAAACCUGCACGGAGCCACCCUGCGGUCCGAGUGCUGCGCCACGCUUGGGGCUGCCUGGGGGAGCCCCUGCGAACGCUGUGACAUGGACCCCGCCUGUGCCCGUGGCUUCGCCCGCGUGAAGGGGCUCAGCUGCGAAGAUGUGAACGAGUGUGAGGUCUUCCCGGGGGUCUGUCCCAAUGGGCGCUGCCUCAACACCGCUGGCUCCUUCCACUGCAAGUGUCUUGAGGGCCUGACGCUGGAUGCCACGGGCCGGCUGUGCGUGGAUGUGCGCCUGGAGCUUUGUUUCUUGCAUUGGGAUGAGGAUGAAUGUGGGGCCGCCCUGCCCGGCAAGUACCGGAUGGACGUCUGCUGCUGCUCCUUGGGAGCCGCGUGGGGGGCCGCGUGCGAGGCGUGCCCUGAGCCUGAGUCCCCAGCGUUUGCCAGCCUGUGUCCCCGGGGGCUGGGCUUUGCCAGCCGGGACUUCCUCUCAGGCCAGCCCUUCUAUAAAGAUGUGAACGAGUGCAAAGCCUUCCCCGGGCUGUGUGCACACGGCACCUGCCGCAACACCGUGGGCAGCUUUCGUUGCUCUUGUGCUGGGGGCUUUGCCCUGGACGCCCAGGAAAGGAACUGCACAGACAUUGACGAGUGCCGCAUCUCCCCUGACCUCUGCGGCCAGGGCACCUGCGUCAACACUCCGGGCAACUUCGAGUGUGAGUGUUUCCACGGCUACGAGAGUGGCUUCAUGAUGAUGAAGAACUGCAUGGACGUGGAUGAGUGUGCCCGGGACCCACUGCUGUGCCGGGGAGGCACCUGUACCAACACGGAUGGGAGUUAUGAGUGCCAGUGCCCCGCUGGACAUGCACUGGUGGCCAAGGGUACUGCUUGUGAGGACGUUGAUGAAUGCUCCCUGAGUGACGGCCUGUGUCCCCACGGCCAGUGCGUCAACGUCAUCGGUGCCUUCCAGUGCUCCUGCCACGCCGGCUUCCAGAGCACACCUGACCGCCAAGGCUGCGUGGACGUGGACGAAUGCCGCUCUGGGAACGGUGGGUGCCACGUGCACUGCAUUAACACCGAGGGCAGCUACCGGUGUGGCUGCGGACACGGCUACUCGCUGAUGCCUGAUGGGAGGGCGUGUGCAGACGUGGACGAGUGUGAGGAGAACCCGGACAUCUGUGACGGGGGCCAGUGCAUCAACGUGCCGGGGGGUCACCGCUGCCUCUGCUAUGACGGCUUUGUGGCCACGCUGGACAUGAGGACGUGUGUAGACGUGGACGAGUGUGACCUGAACCCCUACAUCUGCCUCCAUGGGGUCUGCGAGAACACAAGGGGUUCCUUUGUCUGCCACUGCCAGCUGGGUUACGUCGUCAGGAAGGGGGCCACGGGCUGCUCCGAUGUGGACGAAUGUGAGCUUGGGGGACACAGCUGUGAUGGUCACGCCUCCUGCCUCAACGUCCCUGGGAGUUUCAGCUGCAGGUGCCAGCCAGGCUGGGUGGGGGAUGGCUUCGAAUGCCACGACCUGGAUGAAUGCGCCUUCCAGGAGCAUGGGUGCAGCCCGAGAGCUGACUGCCUCAACACCCCCGGCUCCUACCGCUGUGCCUGCCCCCCGGGCUUUGCUGGGGACGGCUACUUCUGCGAAGACAGGGACGAGUGUGCGGAGAAUGUGGACCUUUGCGAGAACGGGCAGUGUCUCAAUGCCCCCGGGGGGUACCGCUGUGAAUGUGAGAUGGGCUUCAACCCCACAGAGGACCAGCACGCCUGCCAGGAUGUGGACGAGUGUGUUCUCGGGAACCUGUGUGUGUUCGGGAGCUGUGAGAACCUGCCAGGCAUGUUCCGCUGCGUCUGCGAUGAGGGCUACGAGCUGGACCGCGGAGGCGGCAACUGCACAGAUGUGAAUGAGUGUGCAGACCCCGUGAACUGCAUCAACGGCCUGUGUGUCAACACCCCUGGCAGCUACCUCUGCAACUGCCCCCAGGAUUUUGAGCUGAACCCCAGCGGGGUGGGCUGCGUGGACACCCGGGUCGGGAACUGUUUCCUGGACACACAGGACCGAGGGGACGGUGGCAUUUCCUGCAGCGUGGAGAUCGGGGUUGGCGUCACCCGAGCAUCCUGCUGUUGCUCCCUGGGACGGGCCUGGGGCAACCCCUGUGAGCUGUGCCCGCUGGCCAAUACCACUGAGUACAGAACCCUGUGCCCGGGGGGUGAGGGCUUCCGGCCCAAUCCCAUCACCGUCAUUCUGGAAGACAUUGACGAAUGCCAGGAGCUGCCAGGGCUGUGCCAGGGGGGCAACUGUGUCAACACCUUUGGCAGCUUCCAGUGUGAGUGUCCACCUGGCUACCACCUCAAUGAGGACACCCGCAUCUGUGAGGACAUCGAUGAAUGCUCUGCACACUCGGGCAUCUGUGGCCCUGGUACCUGCUACAACACUCUGGGGAACUACACUUGUGUCUGCCCAGCGGAAUACCUGCAAGUCAACGGUGGCAACAACUGCAUGGACAUGAGGAAGAGUGUCUGCUUCCGGCACUAUAACGGUACAUGUCGGAAUGAGCUGACCUUUAACGUGACCCGGAAGACGUGCUGCUGUUCUUACAACAUUGGCCAGGCCUGGAAUAGACCCUGCGAGGCCUGCCCAACUCCUGCCAGCUUGGAUUACCAGAUCCUGUGUGGAAACCAGGUUCCCGGGUUCGUCAUUGACAUCCACACAGGGAAGCCCCUCGACAUCGACGAGUGUGGGGAGAUCCCUGCCAUCUGUGCCAGUGGGGUCUGCAUCAACCAGAUUGGGAGCUUCCGCUGCGAGUGCCCCACGGGCUUCAGCUACAACAGGGUGCUGCUGGUCUGCGAAGAUGUGGACGAGUGUGCCAGCGGGGAGAGCCCCUGCCAGCAGAAUGCCAACUGCAUCAACAUCCCCGGCAGCUACCGCUGCAAGUGCGCCCGAGGGUACAAGCUGUCGCCAGGGGGUGUUUGUGUGGGACGGAAUGAGUGUCGGGAGAUCCCAAACGUCUGUAGCCAUGGCGACUGUGUGGACACAGCUGAUAGCUACAUGUGCCUGUGUCACCGUGGCUUCCGGGCUUCAGCAGACCAGACCCUGUGCAUGGACGUCGACGAGUGUGACCAGCAGCCAUGCGGAAAUGGGACCUGCAAGAAUAUCGUCGGCUCCUACAGCUGCCUCUGCUUCCCUGGCUUUGUGGCGACACACAACGGACAUUGCGUGGACAUGGAUGAAUGCACCACCAUCGUGGGGCAGGUGUGCCGAUUUGGCCAGUGCCUCAACACAGCAGGCUCCUUCCACUGCCUCUGCCAGGAUGGCUUUGAGCUCACAAGUGAUGGGAAGAACUGCAUAGACGCCAACGAGUGUCUCAGCCUCGCGGGAACCUGCCUGCCAGGCACUUGCCAGAACCUUGAGGGCUCCUUCCGCUGCAUCUGUCCCCCCGGCUUCCAGGUUCAGAGUGACCACUGUGUCGACAUCAACGAAUGCUUGGAAGAGCCCAACCUGUGCCUCUUUGGCACCUGUACCAACAGCCCCGGGAGCUUCCAGUGCCUCUGUUCGCCUGGCUUUGUCCUGUCUGACAACGGGCACCGUUGCUUUGACACACGGCAGAGUUUCUGCUUCACCCAUUUCGAGGCUGGAAAGUGCUCGGUACCCAAAGCUUUCAACACCACCAAGACCCGGUGCUGUUGCAGCCAGAGGCCCGGCGAGGGCUGGAAUGACCCCUGCGAGCUGUGUCCUCAGGAGGGCAGUGCCGCCUUUCAGGAGCUGUGCCCCUUUGGCCACGGGGCAGUCCCAGGCCCAGAUGAUUCUCGGGAAGACGUGAACGAGUGUGCGGAGAACCCUGGCGUCUGUGCUAACGGCCUUUGUGUCAACACUGAUGGCUCUUUCCGCUGCGAGUGUCCUUUUGGCUACAGCCUGGACUUCACAGGUGUCAGCUGCGUGGACACAGACGAGUGCUCUGUCGGACACCCCUGCGGGGAAGGCACCUGCACCAAUAUCAUUGGAGGCUUCGAAUGUGCCUGUGCUGAUGGCUUUGAGCCUGGUCCCAUGAUGACCUGUGAGGACAUUGACGAGUGCUCCCUGAAUCCCCUGCUCUGCGCCUUCCGCUGCCACAACACUGAGGGCUCCUAUGUGUGUACCUGCCCGUCUGGCUAUGCCCUGCGAGAGGAUGGGGCCAUGUGCCGAGAUGUGGACGAGUGUGCAGACAGCAAGCAGGACUGCCACACCCGGGGCAUGAUGUGCAAGAACCUCAUCGGCACCUUCACCUGCAUCUGCCCCCCGGGCAUGCGGCCCCAGCUGGGCUCUGGGGAGGGCUGCACAGAUGACGAUGAAUGCCAUGCCCAGCCCAGCCUCUGUGCCAAUGGCCGCUGCGUCAACACCAUAGGCAGCUUCCGCUGUGAUUGUGACGAGGGCUUCCAGCCCAGCCCUGGCUUCACUGAGUGCCACGACACCCGGCAAGGGCCCUGCUUCUCCGAGGUGCUGCAGGCCACGUGCCAGGCUCAGUCCAGUGGCGGCGAGGCGGUCACCAGGGCCGAGUGCUGUUGUGGGGGUGGCCGCGGCUGGGGCCCCCACUGCGAGCUCUGUCCCCUGCCCGGCACUGCCGCCCACAAGAAGCUGUGCCCCCACGGCUCGGGCUACACCGCCGACGGCCGAGACGUGGAUGAGUGCCGCGUGCUCGCUCACCUGUGCCCCCAUGGCGAGUGCAUCAAUAACCUUGGCUCCUUCCGCUGCCACUGCCGGGCUGGGUAUGCGCCUGACACCACUGCCACAGCCUGCGUGGAUGUGGACGAGUGCAGCCAGGUCCCCACGCCAUGUCCCUUCCUCUGCAAAAACACCAAGGGCAGCUUCCUGUGCGCCUGCCCCCGAGGCUACCUGCUGGAGGAGAAUGGCAGGAUCUGCAGAGACGUGGAUGAGUGCUCCUCCAGGCAGCACAACUGCCAGUUCUUCUGCGUCAACACCAUCGGUGCCUUCACCUGCCGCUGUCCCCCUGGCUUCACCCAGCGCCACCAGGCCUGCUUUGACAAUGACGAGUGCUUGGCCCAGCCUGGCCCAUGUGGCACCCGUGGACACUGCCACAAUGCCCCAGGCAGCUUCAGCUGUGAGUGCCAUCAAGGCUUCACCCUGGACAGCUCAGGCCAUGGCUGCAAAGAUGUGGAUGAAUGUGACGGGCCUCAUCGCUGCCAGCACGGCUGCCAGAACGAGCUGGGGGGUUACCGCUGUGGCUGCCCCCAGGGCUUCACCCCACACUCCCAGUGGGGCCAGUGUGUGGACAAGAACGAGUGUGUCCUGUCACCCGCGGCCUGCGGCAGCGCCUCCUGCCGCAACAUGCUGGGUGGCUUCCGCUGCGUCUGCCCCUCCGGCUUUGACUUCAACCAGGCCCUCGGGGGCUGCCAGGACGUGGAUGAGUGUGCGGGGCGGGGCGGCCCCUGUAGCUACAGCUGUGCCAACACCCCUGGUGGCUUCCUGUGCGGCUGCCCCGGAGGCUACUUCCGGGCUGGGCAAGGGCACUGUGUCUCUGGCCUGGGCUUCAGCCCUGGACCUCAGGAUGCCCCAGACGAGGAGCUGCUCUCACCUGAAGCCUGCUAUGAAUGCAAGAUCAACAGCCAGCCCCCUCGUGACCGGCCACGGCGCAGCCCCCGUGGGGACUAUCAGGCGAGCCUGGCCAGCCUUGAUUCGGAGGCUCCGCUGACCUUGGGCCUGAACCUCUCCCGCCUGAGCCGGGCCGAGCACAUCCUAGAGCUGCGGCCGGCGCUGGAGGGUCUGGGGGGCCGCGUCCGCUACAUCAUUGCCCGUGGCAACGAGCAAGGUUUCUUCCGCAUGCAUCACCUCCGCGGCCUCAGCUCCCUGCAGCUGGGGCGUCGGAGGCCGGGGCCAGGAACCUACCAGCUGGAGGUGGUGAGCGUGGCUGGGGCCUGGGGCACCCAGCCUGAGGGGUGGCCGGCAGGCCGGGCCUUGCGGCUAAAGGUGCAGCUGCAGCUGCUGUAGUCCAGGGGCACCCACGCCUCACACCUGGCCCCAGGCCCCUCUUCAGCCCGCUUCCCAGACUCACCACCUGGGCACCACCCCCACCCCCCGCCUCCUUCCACAGGAUGUCACUCUGUUUGCUACACC